GCGCUGGCGAAGGUGGCGGACCUGAACGAGGUGAAGAUGAUCUUCGACCAGCUGUUCUCCCGCAUCCGCGUCGCGGCGAAGUACGAAGGAUCCACGCCAGUUUCUCUGAAGGCUGUGCUCAUAUCGGCCCUCGUGCGGAAGCAGAUCACCGCCCAAACCUUCAUCAACGUGCUCGUCGCUGCCGACCUGGCUGCGAGCAACAUAAGGAGCGUGGGUGCGUCAACCUUAAGCAACAAGACGAAGGGGACAGGGAAGCUGGCGGCGGCGCUAGGGCAAAAUGCCACGACUACUUGCCGCUUUGUGGACAAGGAUGCCACCAGGAACAGCAUCGCAGGGUGUGGCCCGGACCUGGAUCUCACGGCGGCGGUGAAUGCGCCCAGUGGCUCCCGCACCGUGCGCGGCACCGGGAUGACGCAUUUCGAGCAAGCUGGGGCGACAGUGCUGGACUCUGGGGACUUCGACCAGAAACAGGAUCGCAUCGCAGGCUGGGGGAAGAAGACCAUGAGGAAGAACCUGGCGAAGCGGAAAAUGGACAAGAAGGAGACUGCCCAGGGGCUCGAGGAAUGGGAGGAGGAACAGAAAGACCUUGCCAUCGCGGUGCAAGAGGGGAGGGAGCAGUCCCGCAAGGAGAAGACGAUGAUCGUGGCCGUCCUAGAGGACGUCGCCUCGGACCUCAACUCGGCUGGGUUCAAGAUCUUUGUGCUGAAGGGGGCCACCAGCAAGACUCUUGGGGAAGCCAUCCUGGAGUACGUUGUCGCCCUCCAGUCAGGGACCACGAACGUGGAGGACAAGGACUUCGCGAAGAAGCAUCCGGGGCUGGCAUCGAUGUUCGGCGAUGGCUCGAUGAACGCGGCUGCCUACGACUUCCUGAAGGCCGAGGGGCUCCUCGCCACCGGCGACGCACCACCCGAGGCCGAGCAGGAAGGCAAGCCGGCAUCCCCAGCCAUAGUGGAGAUUGUGAACUUCGCCACGAAGUACUUACCCCCGGAGCUUGCGGCGCCUCUGAGCCAGUUCACCGUCUCGGACUACUCAGUCGAUCUGACGAUCGAGGGGAGCUCACAGGCGCAGAAGCAGCUUGCCAAUGUGGUCGCAACGCUCUCGUCCUCCCACGAGGCAAUCAGGGCCGACGCCGCGAGGAUCGCCGCCAUGGCCCUGAAGGACGCCGUGAAGGAGAUCACAACUCUCCCCUACUUGAAGGGGACCUCUUUUUCGGACAACAUCCGGAGGGCGGACUACAUCAUCGCCGCGUUCCCUGCCGCUGCGGUCUACAUCGGAGAGGAGAUGAAGAGCGCUGCCAACGCGAAGAAGGUCAUUGUGGUGCACACAGCGACACCGAAGGCCUACCUCACCUAUGCUCUGGCCCUCGGAGGAAGGAUGUCCGCUGCUUCCUUUGGCCAGAGGAAGGACUCGAUGAAGCCGAGCCUGCUCCUCUUCAUCUCGGCAGCGGCGAGGGUCAGCAACGACCACAGGGAUCUCAUGAAGACGUUGCAGAUUACGGCAGGGGGCGAAGUGGACGACGCAGUUGGGGUGGUGGCCGGCAUCGCCGCGACAAGGAACGUCACGCUCGCGCCAGCGUGA